AUGGAGCCCCCCCCCCGGGAAGGGGUAGGUGCGGGUCCCCCGCACCCCUCCCCCGACAUCGCCCCAACGCAUACGCCACCAGCGGCGUAUGCUACGCCGACGGGCGUUUUUCACGCGCCCGCCGCCGCCGUCUCCGCCGCUGCUGUCGCCGCUGCGCUAACUGCCGCCGAUGCCGUCGCCGCGGCCUCCGCCGCCGCAGUUACGAACACCAACACGGCGACGACGACGACCGCAGCAGCACCUAUUGUAACUGCCGCCGUCACCGCCGCCGCCAUCACCACCGCUGCCGCCACCGCGGCCAACACCGCUGCCGCCACCGCCGCCGCCACUUCCGCCGCCGCCGCUGCCGCCGCCGCCACCACCGCCGCCGUCAGCGCCGUUACCCCGGCCACCGACGCCUCCGCGGCAGUCAGGACCGCCUUCGACGCUACCGCCGCCCUCGCCGCCGCACCCACACCCGCGCCCCUCGCGUCCCUGUCCCCAAAGGGAUGGAUGAAGAGGGACGCGGAGAUUCUAGUUCGGCUAGUCAAGGGGAACUGGCUGUCGCCGGGGUUGGCCCAAUGGAUGGCCGUAUACCUGCGCCUCCAAGAAAAUGAGGUGCGGGGGGUCGCCCCGUCGGUCGCCGACCUGACGGCGUUGGACGCGGCGAGGCGGGGGGUGAUUGCACUGCCCCCCGUCGAUAUGGGAACUCCGAGGGGGAGGGUAAUUACCUCCCUCCUGAAGAGGCCGGCCAGCCCAGAAGAAGAAGGCCAAAAGAAAAAGCCGCGCGCCAUCAACAUGGGGGAGGAGGAAUCCCGCUCCUCCACGCAGGAGCCGUCGUCGUCGGGGUCUAUGGCGGACCUGACGAUGACGGAAGCAAGCCGCCGCCCCCUGCAGCGCGCGGCCACAAUGGCGUCGGAGCGCGGCUCUGAGGCCGCCGCCGCCGCCGCCGCCGCCGCCGCCGCCGAUGCAAUGAUGAAGCCUCCGCCGGCCGGAAGAUCAGCGAUCCCGAGAUGGCAGUCCCGGGACCCGCGCCGUGCCCAAGCGGGGGCGGACUCAAAUCGCGCGCCCGCCCACGCGUCCGCCCAGGCGCCCGCCCAGGCGCCCAUGCAAGCGGCCGCCCACGCAGCCGCCCGCCCGCCCGCCCAAGCAGACGUCCGCCCGCCUAACCAGGCGCCCGCCCAACCAACCGCCCGCCCGCCCAGCCGGGCGCCCGCCCAACCAGCCGCCCGCCCGCCCAACCAGGCGCCCGCCCAACCAGCUGCCCGCCCGCCCAACCAAGCGGCCGCCCAACUAGCCGCCCGCCCGCCCAACCAGGCGCCCGCCCAAGCGGCUGCUCGCCCGCCCGCCCAGACGCCCGCCCAAGCAGCCGCUCGCCCGCCCGCCCAGGCGCUCGCCCAGGCGCCCGCCCAGGCCCCCGCCCUUGCGCCCGCCCACGCGCCCGCCCAACGCGCGCCGCCCUCGCUGGCCGCUCCCGCGGUAUCAUUUGCCCGGGUAGCGGCUAACACCGGAGCCCCGCUUCCCCAAAGGAAAGGGGCACAACGGGGAGCGGUACCUCGCGCCCCGCCCACCACCUCAACACCUGCCGCCUCCAGUUCGACCACAGCUGUGGCCUCCUCUGGAACCGCAGCCCUCGCAGCCACCGCCACCGCCGCCGCCGCCGACGCAGCCGCCUCAGCCGCCCCGCCGACGGCACAAGCGCCCCGGGAGCCGCGCUACCCAAGGAUCUGUGUGGACCACCUGCCCAACUGGGUGGUCCAUUUCAGGGAAAUUAGCCGACUGCUGGGACGCUCGCCGGCCGCCGUCGCACGCGGAAGAGGCGUGCACUUUACGCCAAAGGACGGCAACGAAUAUAGGACAGUCCAGAGAUAUAUCAACACUCUGGACGUCCAAUGGCACUCAUAUUCGUUGCCGUCGGACCGUCCCUUGAAGGUGGCCAUCCGCGGGCUGCCGCCCGACACGGAGGAGGCCGCGCUUAAAGAAGACCUGGAGGAGAAGGGCUUCACCGUGGAAGCCAUCAAAGCCAUCCGGGGCAGGGGAGAUCGCCCCGGAUGUGUCUUCUUCGCCCUCCUGGCCAGAACACAGAACUGCCAGGAGGUAUUCACGGUUAAGGAGCUCCUUCACUGGCCGACCCUGAAGGUGGAGGCGUGGAGGGGGAAGCAGGGACCCGCCCAGUGCCACAGAUGUCAGUUGUUCCGACACUCGUCGGUCAACUGCCACCGAGCGACCGUCUGCGUGCGCUGUGGAGGGCCCCACAAGGCCACGGACUGUGAGCGGCCAUUGGACCAGCCCGCCACCUGCGCCAAUUGCGGUGGACCGCACCCGGCGAAUCACUCUUCGUGCCCGGUGCUGCGGCGCGAGGCCAGAAACAGACGGGCUGGCCCGGUCGCUCGCAGCGGAACCGCCCCCACGCCUCAAAACACCACGUCCGAAGCAGCAGAGGCCUCACUGAUGGCCCCCGCCAACCCACCGACCGCCAGGGGAGCAGAGCUCCCGAAAAAGAAAAGGAAGAAGAAGAAGAAGAAGAAUGCCGCCGCCGUGAGCUCUGCCCCCGUGGCGGAGGAAGAAGCGGCUGCAACCGUGCCGCCUCCCCCGGCACCUCAAACCGUUCCCGCGCCUGCCUCGGCUGCGCCGAUCCCGCCGGAGCACUUCUACGCACUGGUGCAGUCGGUGCAGCAGAUGCAGGCACUACUGGCCGCCCUCGUCCCCGCGGCCCCCCUCAGAGGCGUACCCACCCCUAACCUUUAA